ACGAAAGCUCAUUCAGCGCUGGACAGGCGAACUGGAAGGGUCUAAGACGGAAGAUGUCAUCGCCGGCAGGGCGGGCGAACUUCGUGCAGCACUUCGGACAGACAACCUGAGUGAUGGGCUGUGGCUCCUCCAUGGAUACGCAGACGAAUCAUGUCGUCACGGAGGUCAGCUCGGAAAUGCAACCGCGCCAGAAUGACGCCUCUGGAGUAAUAGCAAAUGUGGUCGAGCAAUAUGUGCGCCUGGACGAGCAGAUCAGCAAGCUGGAGGGCACAUGCCCUGGUCCUCGAAUGGCCACCGCAGAGGCCUGGGUCGAACACAUCCAGAGCAAGCACGAGGCGAUGCUGGGACUCGAAGGAAUGGGAGUGGCUCCAUUCCGGGAGAGGGAAUGGGAAACGGAGGAGGCACUGCCCCUUCCAGCUUACACAAUGGGACGGCAGGGCGACCCAAUUGUGGUUAACACACCCACCAAGGACCUGGCCCAGCUUGCCUACAACCUGGGCGUAAUUGGCGAUGCCCGCAAGGCUUCCAUGCACGAGGAUUUCUUUGCCAACCUGAGCGAGUCCGCUCUGUAUUUGCUUAGCAUUCGUUACUACGGAGAACUGUUGGAGCACACUAAGGUGCGUGUAAAGACUCUGGUCGAGAGCUAUGCGGAGCUGAACGAGCUGUACGUGAGACAAGAUGGAAUUAUAGCGUAUAUAAGCGGGGGAACGUACAUGACGCGGCUGGAGGAGAGCAUUGAUGAGCAGUUGGAGACGGCAAGAGAUACAAGAGAUAAGCUGGGCAGUGCACUAGAGCAGUGGCGCAUCUGUGGAUUACUACUUAGGGCAGCCGCCAAUUCCUCUACGCAGGCAUUAAAACAAUGGCGACAGCUUGGAAGGAUUAUAGAUCCCAAACAAAAGCUUCAGUGGGCGUUGGACUGCCGAAGUCUUUUACACGCCUCCACAAUAUCCCUAGAGGCGGCUCAGCUGGCUCUGCCGCACGUGGAACUAAAGUACAUGAGUCAUCGCCAAGUUCUAGCCGUCAAGCACUGUAACACCUACCUAAUCACGGAUAUAGCCAACAAAGCGCGGUACGAACACACCAGUCGGGUCUUCACUAGCUAUGAGUCGAAUAUGUCCAAAACGUGCACUUGGCUCUACGAAACCUUUAACAGCACGCUGCGCCCAGACUACGACAAGGCGGAGGAAACUGUAUGCAGACUGGCUAAGACGCUACGGGACCAUCGCGAGGAGGUCUUCAGCACGGUGCGCAAGUGACAUUAAACAAAUUGCUCAGUUAUAUAGGUAUUUUGUACAUUACUUUAAUAAACAGUAGGCAUAAAAUUAGUACCAAUA